GUCCUCCUCUCGCACCAUUCAGCAUCAUCCAAGAAAAGAAGGCUAAAGGAAAAACAAUAACCAUGGUGGUAGUUGCACCGCCCAGCUCUUUGUCUCUCUCCUCAUGUAAAUGCCGCCCUUCUCUCACCCCUUCUAAUGUUUCAAGACUCUUGUUCGCCAAACCAAAACGAUUUGCAAUUGUGGCAAUGAGUGAAGACCCAGUUCGUGAGUGGAUUCUUACUGAAGGGAAGGCAACACAGAUUACUAAAACAAGUCCUGUAGGUGGUGGUUGUAUCAAUCUUGCCACCCGAUACGACACCGAUGUCGGUCCUUUCUUUGUUAAAACUAACAGGAGUAUCGGUCCAUCGAUGUUUGAAGGGGAGGCUCUUGGUUUAAGACUAAUGUAUGAAACCAGUACAAUUCGUGUUCCUAAGCCAUUCAAGGUUGGAUCUCUACCACGGGGUGGCUCUUACAUCAUUAUGGAAUUUGUAGAAUUUGGGGGAUCUGGAAGUGGUCAGGCUGCGUUAGGGAGGAAGCUCGCAGAAAUGCAUAAAGCUGGGAAAUCUGAGAAAGGAUAUGGUUUUGAAGUUGAUAAUACUAUUGGCAGUACUCCACAGAUUAAUACCUGGACAUCAGAUUGGAUUGAGUUUUAUGUAGAGCAUAGACUGGGCUAUCAACUUAAAUUGGCCCGAGAUCAGUUUGGAGAUUCUUCUAUCUAUGAAAAAGGACAAAAGCUGGCAAAGAACCUGACACCUCUCUUUGAGAAUGUUGUGAUUGAGCCGUGUUUGCUGCAUGGAGACUUGUGGAGUGGGAAUAUAACCUACGAUAAGAAUGGCGAACCUGUUAUUCUUGAUCCGGCAUGCUAUUAUGGACACAAUGAAGCGGAAUUCGGAAUGUCGUGGUGUGCGGGCUUUGGUCCAUCAUUUUACAGUUCUUAUUUUGAGGUGAUGCCCAAACAACCAGGAUUUGAGAAAAGAAGGGACCUUUAUAUGUUGUAUCACUACCUUAAUCACUAUAAUCUAUUUGGCUCUAGUUAUCGCUCAUCCGCGCUGUCCAUAAUCGAAGAUUACUUCCGGAUGUUAAAGAUUUAGUCAUUUAUGUUCAGUUCUACCCAGAUGUAAAUUUCCUGUACAUGUAUCCAUUGUUCGAUUAAUACGUAUUCACAUCAUCAGCAAAAUUGUUGACUAAUAAAAUACUGUUGUGUUACUGA